AUGAGAUUGUACUUCAUGUCCACCAGUAUCAUGAGCUACGCUCUCGGCAAAUCCGGUAAGCGCAUCUCGGCCCAGCAGCGCUUUCUCUAUGCACUGCUAGGGCUAUGCGCGUACCUGGCUCUGGUAUCUUCGCUACGCUUUCGAAGAUGUCGCAAACUACAUAGGGCGUAUCCCUACCGAACACGCGGGGAAAUGAGCAAAAUGACUGAUUACGAUGCUUGGGCAAUCCAGAAACAGAUCAUGCAGGGAGAGUUUCCCUUCAUGAUGCUCAAGGCACUCCAAUUUGCUUUGUUCCGGACAUACGGCAUUCCAACGAUAUCAAGCCUCCUCCUCAAAAUGUCGCAAUUCUCCGACCCUGGUACCUCAUUCAAGCGAUACGCCGAUACCGGCACGUUGAUUGGCGAAUUCAUAGCAUUCGAGCCAUACUCGGACCGGGCUCAAACUGCCAUUGCUCGAACCAAGUAUCUGCACAAGGGCUACCGGGCUAGCGGCAAAAUUCUGGAAUCUGACAUGCUAUACACGCUCAGCUUAUUCGCAACAGAGCCUAUCCGAUUUGUGACACUGUAUGAGUGGAGAGACUUGACCAAUAUGGAACGGUGCGCAGUGGGAACGUACUGGAAGAGUCUAGGUGAUGCCCUGGGAAUAAAUUACGAUGCUCUGCCUUCUGGGAGGACCGGUUUCCAGGAUGGCAUCACCUGGUUGGAAGAGAUCAGUGCUUGGAGCCAGCAGUAUGAGGCAGAGCAUAUGAGACCUCAUCCUCGGAACAAGGAAAUUGCUGACAAGACCAUCGACGUGCUGCUAUAUUACAUGCCGAGGUUCAUGAAGCCGAUGGGGGUAAAUCUUAUUGCAUAUUUGAUGGACGAUCGGUUACGAAAUGCCAUGAUGAUGGAGCCUGUCCCGCCUGCCCUGAGCGCCGCCCUCGCAGCGAUAUUUCGAUUGCGUCGGUUCUACAUUCGCUACCUGGCGCUACCGCGUCCGGACUGGAAUCGUUUAAACGCCUUCACCGACAAGCCAAACGAGCACGGCCGGCACUUCCUGCUGCAGCUCCAAGGAGCGCCGUACUAUGUGCGUCCCACGAUCUGGAAUCGCUGGGGCCCCGCGGCGUGUGUCAAGCGGGUACUUGGACAGCCGCUACCUGGAGAUGAGGGAGACAAAUACAGCCCACAGGGAUAUUAUACGCCUGAUUUGGGACCCAAGUAUUUUGAAGGAAAGGGGAGGAAGGAGAUGGAGGCGAUUAAAUUGGGUUUACAACAGACUCGGCAGGGACAGUGUCCGUUCCCGUGA